GACAGCUUUCAUUGCUCUCUUCGCAGAACGCAGGCGUAUCUCCCGCGACCGACGGCUCAUGGACUACGGGACGUCGAACGGCUUCUUCUCAUUUGCAUCGGAGCUCGCGAAGCAGCUCACGCAGGAUGCCAUCGAGCUCUCGGCGACUGCGAUGGAGCUCUCGGCGUCGGCGGUCGAAACAGCCAAGCACAUUGCACACGAGUCGUCCGUGGCCGUCGAGAAGGCGACGCUGCUAGCCCAAGAGGCGCUUGCCGAGCACUUUCCGGACGAAGCGCCGGUGGACGCGACCAGCGACGUCGCACCGGAUGAUCUCGUGACGCUGCUACCAUGGAUCAACGAGGACGGUAGCGUCAACGAGGACGUCCAAGACGACGUGCUCGAGAUCAGUUGGGACUUGAGCAACUUCAAUGUGCUCACGCCCGACAAGCUCGCGCCGAUUUUCGACAUUGACCGGUACCUCGUGGUCGCGCCGCAGCUGCUCGCAUUUGAUGCGCACCUUCGGCAGCGCCAUUUCGAGUCGGCGCGCAAGAUCCCAGAAGACGUUUUUUGGGGCAACUACUUUUACAUGUGCCACGUCGCGCGCCUGCGCCAUGGCCUCUCGCCCUACGUCGCAGCUUCGGGGCUCCAACAACUGCCCGAAUCGCCGCUCUCGUCCACGGCGUCCGAGUCGCUCGUGUCGCUGGACAGGUCGUUCUCGGACUUUGCGCUCGAUUCGCCCGACGCCGGGCGACCGACGUCCGUGUCGAUGCCGGAGCUUCUGGACUCGGAUCUGUCGCCGCCGACUCUCGACGAGACGCCGACCAAGCGCAAAAUGGGUCUGCCCUCGAAGCUCAAGCGCAGCAUGUCGUCGUGCAAGGAGCGCCUCGCAGCCACAGACGUGCACAAGUACAUGGACAAGGUCGCGAGAUUUCGCGCCAAGCAUCCGACAUCCAACCAGACGACCCACGACGAUGACGAUGACGCGCCACCGGAUGCGCCGACGUCGCGCUUCCAGCGCUGGUCGCAGACCUCUCGGGACCUCAAGUCGUCCUUACGGCGUCACAGCGUCACGUCGACGACGUCAUAUCUAAAGACGCGGGCGUCCUUACCGGCGUCCGUGUCGUCGGCAGUGCAGAAGCUGCCACGCUGGGUACCCGGCCGCGGUCUCCGGAGCAAAAGCCUGUCAGUCUCGGAGAUGCAGCAUUUGCGGGACAUCCAGGCGCGGCUGUACGCCUCGGACGCGCCGAUUCUCGAGUCGCCGCCGCCGCUGAGCGACGAAGUGUAAGCAAGUCUGCACCCAUUUAUAACAAAGGGCUAGGGUCCAUUACAUUAAGAGACAAACGAAGCUACAUGCAGCGCAAUAGAUAAGAG